UAUACGCCAAACUCUUAGUUCAGGUAUCGAUUUAAUUAACGGAACGAAAAAUAGUGAAAUUUCUGUGGUACGUAGACAGUUCGUGCGCAAGAAAAUCUUGUCACACUUCGAAAAGUUACUGCAAAUCAUCCACCGCAGAGACCGUGGAUACCAUUGACGAGACCAAACAGGACGAGACCGACAUGUAUAUUCACAGUGAUGUGUUACAACGUGUUAUGCGACAAAUACGCGACCCGUCAGGUGUACGGUUACUGUCCAAGCUGGGCACUCGACUGGGAAUACCGGAAAAAGGGGAUUCUGGACGAGAUCAGACAUUACGCUGCAGAUAUAAUCAGCCUGCAGGAGGUGGAGACAGAUCAGUUCUACAAUUUUUUUCUGCCCGAGCUCAAGCACGACGGCUACGAUGGAAUUUUUUCUCCGAAGUCGCGGGCGAAGACAAUGGCGGAGAAUGACCGGAAAUACGUCGAUGGUUGUGCUAUCUUUUACCGAACAGCCAAAUUUACCUUGAUAAAGGAGCAUUUAGUCGAAUUUAAUCAAUUGGCAAUGGCGAACGCGGAGGGCUCGGACAAUAUGUUGAAUAGAGUGAUGCCCAAAGACAACAUUGGACUUGCCGCUCUGCUUAGAACGAAGGAAGCUGCUUGGGACAACGGUCUGCCAUCUGAUCCAGCACAAGUUCAGCAACCAAUUUUAGUGUGUACAGCACACAUUCACUGGGAUCCAGAAUUUUGUGAUGUUAAAUUAAUUCAAACAAUGAUGCUCAGUAAUGAAUUACGUUCCAUUUUGGACCAAGCUGGCCAGUCUUUCAGACUUGGUCACAAGCCUGACUCUUCCAAUGUUCAACUAUUACUUUGUGGUGACUUCAAUUCCUUACCUGAUUCUGGAGUAAUCGAGUUUCUUACAUCCGGACGAGUAGCGGCCGACCACCGUGACUUUAAAGACUUAGCUUAUAAAUCAUGCUUACAAAAGAUCUCUGGUUGCGAUAAACCUAAUGAAUUCACCCACUCUUUUAAACUUGCAUCUGCCUAUAGUGAAGACAUCAUGCCCUAUACUAAUUAUACAUUCGAUUUCAAAGGAAUAAUAGACUACAUUUUCUACUCAAAACAAAGUAUGGUACCAUUGGGACUUUUAGGUCCAUUAAGUGCAGAUUGGUUUAGAGAACAUAAAGUAGUUGGAUGUCCACACCCUCAUGUUCCAUCUGAUCAUUUUCCACUGUUGGUGGAACUAGAAAUGACACCAACAGUAGGAACAAGCAAUGGAUUGAUCUCACGAAGGUAGCAGCCGCUGCGUACUAGGCCCAAGUAACAAUAAGGAAAUAAACAAUAAUAAGAAAAAAAUCUCCAUCACAUUUUUCUCUUACUUCUGGCUCUAGCAAUAUCACUCGCAGUCAACGACUAUUCUAAUGGCAAAUAUUACAAAUACUCCAUACUACCGCACAUUCAACAAAUUAUCAGAUAUUGAUGAACAAUUCUAAUGACCAGGUGAAGGGAGUCGUGUUGUAAUGCGUUUAGCCCAUGUAUAGUGUAUUGCAUUUUUAAGACUUACCUUUCCCAUAUUAAGAGUAUCGUAACCUUUAUCACCAUCGUAAUAUGUAGAUACCUAUUUUCCUACAAAAAGAUAUUCCGAUCAAGCCUCUGUGAUAUUGACAUUAACAAUUGGAACAAUUUCACAUAUUUAUUAACAAGUUAGUAUCUACUAGAAGACCCCCUAAUCUCUUCCUAAAUGUCAUUACAACAUUCUCCAAGCCAAUUUUUUUAUAAGAAUGCUGCCAUCCAACAAGAAAUUGUAUUUUUAAACAAAACAAAAACAAAAAAUAAUGAAAACAUACACGCUAUACUGGGCUGUGCGAAGUGAUUGGAGUUGACUUAACAAUUUCAAUGCAAGUACAAAUCUGUUCUUAUUGGCCACGUAUAUUGAUAAUGAUAAUGUUAUAUAAAGAAAUAGAUGAUAUUGUAGUGAGUGUAUUUGUAAGUAUGAUAAUGUAAUGAUGUUCAUCAAUCAUAGCAUCGUGAAAAUCAGUUAACAUUCACUUAUUAGAUUUUGUUCCAGUUAUUAAUAUAUACCAUACCAAUGUACUACUUGUUAAUUCAGUUGCGCUGCACGAUUAUUAGCUUUCUUAUACUUGUUUUUUAAGUACAUACAAUUGAUGUUUUCUGUCAUUCUUUAAAUUCUAAUUAAUAUUUAAUUUACUGUUAUGUUAAUCAAGAUUAUAUUGACAUUUUUCAUUAUUUUCGCUAUGGUUUCAUUUUAAAAAGGUAUGAAGAUAAGGAUAGAUAUUACUUUCAUUUAUUACUUACAAAAAUUGUAUUUAUUAUUAUAUUUUAAUUACAGUCAAUUGUAUGAAAGCGUCUAAAAUAUUAAUGUAUAAGUUCUGCUGUUUAGAUAUGUAUUAAAAAUAAUUUAAUAUCUUUUUCUAAAAAUUUUGUAAGUAAAUUUGUUAGAUUUUUUGUCGAAUUAUUUAAAUAACGAGACCAAUAUUGCAAUAAAUAUUUUACCACGCUAAUAUUGAAUAUAUAAUAUGGUAAGCACCAUAACAGUUCACUAUUCAUUUAAAAAUUUUAUCCUAUCUUUCUCAUAGUACUACGAGUUCUAUAAUAUCUUAAUUAUACUUAACUACCUUAUUAAGUUUUAUUUUUAUUUCAAUGAGAAUAGAACACGUAUAUGAAAUAUUUCAUAAAGUAUAAAACAAUGAAGUAAAUUCUUUAUUUACAAUAAUACUUUUAAACAUCUUUCAAAUGAAAUGACUACAUGUUGCAUAAUCUUCAUUAUAGAUAAUGAAUAUAAUCGAAAUGAAAUAGACUUGUGUUCUAUUCAUAUUUGGUAAAAACGACAACUGAAUUAUACAAGUAGUAUGUAAUUAGUUUAUCAAAGUCAUGUGUGUAGUAAAUGUUGUAUAAAGUAGAUAAUUACAUUCUAGUUUUAAUUAAUGAGAAUAGAAAUGGCAGUGUCUAUUUGUAUAUGUAUUCAUAUAUUAUCCACAAAUCGCAUUAUUACUCAAUCAAAUGAACAAUGAAUACACAAAAUAUACUACCACGGUUACUCGUAAUUUGGGGCCUAAAUUGAAACUGCACAUUAUACUUUGUAGUUUUUAAAGAAUCGAAAUUUUCAUUCUUUUUACAAUAAAUGUAUCUAUUUUAACAUCAAUAAGAUGUAUGAUAUUAAAUGUUCAUGCUUCAUGUAACAACGUUUUUUCAAGAGCUCAACCGUGAAUAGUUCGAAAUUCGUAUAUUUUUUUUUCAUCUUAAUAGAUUCAUUAAUGUAAUAGGAAAAAAAUUGUUGCAUUGUAUUUGUUUUCCACGUAAUAUGAAAUUCUUAUGUUUAGAAUUCAAACAUUUUUUAAUCCUGACAAUACCUGUAUGUUUUUUACGGCAAGGAAGUAACAUUAUCUUUACAUUUUAUCCCACUUCAUUUUUUGUUUGUAAAAAUAAUAUUUUAAAUAUUUUAUUUAAAAAAUGUUCUUUGCUAUUUUUGAUGGAUGAAACUAAUAGCAUUGAUAUGUAAAAGCAGGUUGUAUUGAGAUACAAUGAACAGCAUUUGAUCACAGUUUCUUUUAAGGAUUUCCAUAUGUAACUUUUUAUUACAAUUUAUCAACAAAGUAAGAAUGCUUAUAAAAUUAACCGUAAUUUGAAUAUUUUAACAUAUAAAUAUACAAUUAUGUUUCAUUUUGAAAUGAUUAGAUAAAUAAUACAAAUUAUUUAAAUAGUAUUCGUACUGAAUCAAAUUAAAACAAUUUAUUUCAAAUGUUAACGAAGCAAGCACUUAAUCUCUAUCAUCUUGUUUGUACAAGUAUGAAAAUAUUAUACGACAAUAUGCGUUUUCGUGCAUUUUGGCACACAGAGUCUGUGCCAUAGUAUUCAAAAUAACUUCAUCAAAUAGAAGCUCGAGAAGAUUAAUGAUUAAUAUAACAUUUUGGCUUAGACAUCAUACGUGUACUUUAUUCUACACACAGUAGUUCUCGAUGUAAAUGUUUUUCAUACUAAUUAAUUUAGUUUUAAUUUUAGCAUUAUUCAUGUUAUCAGCUCAAUCUUUUUAAUAUACACAUCCACAAUUACAUUAUAGAAAAAAUAUAAAGAAAACAUAAAUCUCUUAAUUUAUGAAUAACACUUGUCUUAUGUAAAUUAUAACAGUUUUCUUACAUAAGCUAAUGCUUUGUUGACUUGUUGCAAUGUCUUGAGAACUACUGUCUUUUAGUGUAAUAACACCACUUUUGCUAAUGUGAAUUCAUAUAAAUUUCAAUACAAAGUACACUAUAAGAAGCAACAAAGAUUUAAUUCUUUCUUAUAUUAAGGAUAAUGUGGUUUCUUUUUUACAAAAUAAAUAUAGCAAUAGAGUUAGAAGUGUCCUAUGCUGUACUGAAUGCAUUCUUAACACAGUUCGAUGAAUUCUCAUAAAAGUUUAGUUGUUUAUAUUUAAUUACAUAGUUAAUUUUGACAUGUAAAAUUUACAAAUAUAUUAUAAACUUAUAAAUGUGUAUUGCAUACACGUAAACAUUUUUAAAGCAUCGUUAAAGAAUGAAGAAAUAUCAUAUCAGUGUUUAAUAAAUUCAAGUCACGCAUGUUAAAUGCAUUCAUGUGUGCAGAAAUAUCAAGUUCAACUUUUUAUUGCUUAGUCAAAUACAACAGUAUUAAUACUUAAUACAACACUUGUGAUAGAUGAAAAUACAUAAGAUUAUAAAUGAAAACAGUCUAUGAAAUCUUUACAAGCAUUCAAUUUAAUUUCUAUAACAACAUAUUUUACCAUUUCAUUUCUCUAUACAUAAAAAGAUUGUUAAUAUCAAUAAAUAUUCCUUAUUACUGCUUUAGAACAGAUCAAUUUACUCUAGUCAACUAGUGAUAUAUUAAAAUUAUGUUAUUACAUGUCGUAAUUAAUAUUUUAGUACAUCUAUAUUUGUGUAUUAUAAUUGAUGACAAAUAGAACUGUUUAGAGAAAGAAAUGAUCGUAUGACAAUAAAUGCAGUACUUAGAUAGAACCAUUAUUUAAAUAAACAUUUUAUUUUAAUAAUUGCAUAAUAUUAGUUUCAUUUAGUUUAUUUCUAUUAACUUCAAAAAUCAUUCAAAAUUCGUUUUCAAAUAUAAAUAUUCAACUGAUUGCCCUUAUAAAUUUAUCAUUACAUAAAGUAUUUGUAUUUACUUAUUCAAUAAAAAAUGGUUUAACAAUAAAGAAGAUUUAAUAAAAAAAAAGUACAUUCUUUAGUAAUAAGGUUUAAUGAUUUCUGCAAAUAUAUCUACUAAGAAGACAUUUAAUUAUUUUAUUUUACAGUUUAAUUAUGGCAUGUUACAAAUAAGACCAUUCCAAGUUCAUAAAAAGACGAAUAAUACAAUAACAAUUUAAUUUUAAGAUAUCCUUUUUAAAUUUGCAACAAGUAAUGUUUUAAAAGAACUGUUUUGUCAACUUUUAUGAUAAAGAAAGAUUAAAAAUAAUUCAGGAAAUUUAAUUUAUCUCGAAUCAACGCAAUAAAAGUGAUGUUUCUUGAAUUUUAAAUACAAUUGUAACAUGAGAAUUCAUUGAACUAAUACAAAGUUCUUUCAAUUCAACUUUAAUAAUUGUACUCGAUUAAAGGAAAAUGAAUCUCUUAAAGUAGUUCAUCUAACCUUUAGUAUUGUUAUAAUACCAAUGUCACAGAUAUUUUUAACUAUGUUAAUUCUCAAUCUUCUGAGCCUCUCCGUUACAUAGAAAAUUUAAUACUAGGUUUAAAUUAGUUGAUGGUAGGUAAAUAUUUUUAUGUGGUUAAUAUUAAUUGUCAAUUCUAGGUGAUGCAAACAGUAAGUUCUGUUAUUUAAAAUGUUUAGGACAUCCUCUACACUUUCAUCGAUUAUAUGUAGUAAAUACCUAUACUUUGUAAUUCUGGGUAUACUGCAUAAUUUAAGGGUAUAUACAUAAAAGUAAUACAUUGCAUGUACAAUACUGUGUGGAAUAAUAUUGCUUUGGUGAAUAAGUUACAUAAAAUGAUAAUUUAUGUGCUAUCAAAAUAUACUGUAUUGUUAUCUAAAAGUACAUUUCGAAUUUAGUAAAUAUUAUCAAACAGUAGAAUAAGAAACACCAAAAAAUAAUUUUCUAAUAUAUAUUUUAGUAAUAAUGUACACCUUAUUUUACAACAUACAGAACAUAUAGAUCUAUUAAUAUAAUUUUAUUCACUAGAAUAUUUAGUUUCAUUUUGAACACAUGUUAAACAUAAACUUACAUGAGCUAUUAAAUUGUAAGCUGCAAUAGAGUUUCCAAUGCGUAAUGACUUUUGCGUAUCACUUCUUUUUUUACAAAUAAUCCCAUUAUGUUAGGUGAAAAAUAAUACUUAAUAUAAAUCCAAAGAUAAUUUGGUGAAAAUUAUUUUACUUCUUUGCUACAACAAAGUGCAAUAUACAAGCAAUGUUUAUUACAUUCUACACAGUUUUGUGCAACAAUGUAAAUUUUUGACUUCCAUUAAUAAGAAUGUAAUAGUAGAAUAUAAAAUAAGGCAAGCACAGCACAUUUCAGCCUGUACUUUUAUAAAAACAUGAUCAAACAAUUGUAAACAUUAUAACAUAAUUGUUGCGUCCGUCAUAAAAAUAAUUAAUCUCAGUGUUAAUACUGUAAAUUCAAUCAGAUUUCGUGUAUGCUUUUAGACAUUCUUUAUUUGCAUAAAAAUGUUGGAAUCAAAACUUCUUUCAUAAAAUUCUUUUUUUAAUCUUCUAACACAAAAUAAUGUUUUAACGUAAACAAAAUUUUUUUAAGAAAUAUACAUCUAUGAAUCUUCUUAAAUGCCUUAUAAACUUUUAAUUAUUAAAUAUGUUGAUGUAAUACAUAAAAAAUACAACACGGUCAUCAAUUUAUAGUCUUUAUUCACUUUUAUAUAUUAAGUUUUAAUUAUUGCAAUAAUUUCAGUAUCUGGCAUAUCAUAGAUUUGUUUUAUAGCAAAAUAAAUUAUAGUUUAUUAAUUAUUAAUGAUUCCUCAUUACUGUACACUCAUAUAAAUACUCAAAGAUGUAUGGAAAGUACAAAUAAGUAGCAACACGGUCCUGAUUGAAUAUUGAAGAUAAGAGUUGUAAGGACAUAACGAAAGAGAGAAUGUGUUUAGUAGAAUAUAUAUAAAAAAAAAGUUUGAAUGCUCUGUCAGUCUGCACUUAAAUACCCUUUUUAUUUAAAUACCUGUUUUCAAGUGACAUGUAAUUUACUUUUUAUUGAAAAUGCAAUGAUUGUAUAUGGGCUGCGUUUGAAUCAUGAUUGAAUGUAACGAUUUAUUAACUAACGUAAAAUAAAUUGAAAAUAUUCAAGAAGCAUAAUUAUUAUGUUAUCUUAUGAUUUUCUUUACAACUGUAUUAAGUAUAAAUUGCACUAAAUAACAGUUUUAAAG